GUCUUCGUCCGCGACUGCAAGAACUGCACCGUCUCUCUCGCGUGUCAGCAGCUACGAACCCGCGACUGCGCCGACACGACGUUCUACCUCUACGCGGCGACGGAGCCCAUCGUCGAGUCGUCGCAGAACCUCUCCUUCGCGCCCUUCAACGUCGCCUACGACGGCCUC